UCGGACGCGCAGCCCUGGCUUGAAGUCCCGACGGCAUUGAACGACAUCGUCGGCCAGUUGGCCGCCCUGGGCGAUGUGAUCGGCGGUGGUGCACAGCAACACAGUGGCCCGGUGACAGGGCGCGCGAUGCGCGUGUAUGUGUGCACUAGUAUACAUGCGUGUGAUACGAUGCGUCGAAAAGCGGUCAUAUAAAUAAACAGGGAGCCUGCGAACGAUCAGCACUCGCGGGGCCUGUCACGGUCUCGGUCGGUUGGACUUGACGGACGGUGCGGAGUAACAUAGGCUGCUGCUGCGGUGUUGCUCCCUCCCCGACGACCCCGCGUCCCUUUGGUGUCCAUCAACCGAAGAUGUCAUCGCCUACACAAGUGAUAAAAAGCGUUGGACCAAAAUUGGUACCAUUCUUUAAAAGCGUAUCCGUAUAUUUUGUAUUACUUGCUGAACAGCCAUCUCUAUUAACGGCGUGUUUUAAAUGUUUACCGAUAAUAAGUCUUAUUAUUUUUGUUCUGUUGCACGGAAUUAGUUUAUCUAAAGAAUAUGCCUUCUCCAGGCGUAUAUUGACGGGAUUAGUGUUUAGUUGCAUAGGUGACGCACUAUUAGUGUGGCCUAAUUGCUUCACUGCAGGGAUGUGUAUGUUUGCUAUUGCGCAAAUUAUGUAUAUAUUUGCAUUUGGAUUCAAACCCCUUAAUUUAACACUCGGAGUAAUACUGUAUACGUCUUGUUCAAUUGUUAUAUGUGCUUUGAUGCCGGGAUUAAAUGGGGUUUUAGCAAUAGGAGUGCCAAUUUAUACAGUAUUACUUACCACUAUGGCAUGGAGAGCCAUAUCAAGAGUACAGUUCUUCGGGGAAUUGUGGACGUGGACUAAGUUAUGCAGUUGCAUUGGAAGUAUUUGCUUUGUCAUAUCUGAUACUUUGCUCGGAUUUCAUUAUUUUCAUAGUCCAUUACCUUAUUCUCAGGUAUCCAUUAUGUUGACAUACUAUGCAGCACAAUUAGGUAUAGCAUUAAGUGCAGUAGAUUCUAAAAACAAUAGUAAUAACAGAGUACCUGCCAGUAAAGGCUGAAAUAUUUAUCCUUUAUCUGGAUAAAUUUAUCUGCAGAUGUAAGGAAUGUUUCUCAACGUCUGCUUUAAACUAUGUGCAUAAUUCCAGUAGGAAAUUGUUGUGAUAACGUCUUUGACAUGUUGAAUAUUUCAAAGUCAUAUUAUUGAAUAAGGAGACUCGGACGAGUUUCAGUGAUAGGAUGUUGUACCUUUUGACUGUAGAAAUAGUCUUAUAUUUCUUUUUUGUAUUAUUAAUGAUAUGCAAAGAAAUCUUAUAGAGAUUUCGUACUAGCCACAUUUGUGGUUCUAUUUUUUGUAUAUGUAUAAAAAAGAAUUAAAAAAUAUUAUACUGUUAAGUAUAAAUAUAA